GAUAUUUGCCGAACUUCCAUUGGUGUAGUGUCGUUAAAAGAAUUUUAUUUUGUUAAAAUUAUCAAAGACUUCAUCAACAAUCUAAGUAAAUGAAAUUAAAUGAUAAUUCUACUGCGGUAAAUUAACCAGGAAUAUAAUUUUAAUGAACAGUAUAGUGGAUAUUCAAUUCUCGAUAAUAUUGCCGAAUUUGUUGAGUAAAAAUCGGACAUUUGUUUUGUAAUCAUCAUAGCUGUCAAAAAUUUUAAAGAUGGCCACAUUCUAUUUGUAAAUUUGACAUCGUGUCAUUUUUUCAUAAAAUUCCCAGAAUUGUAAAACAACAGGGAGUAUUUCAACAUUAAUACGGAAUUCUACGAAUUUAUAAACAGUCAAAAUGUCUGCGGGUCCGUAUAAUUAUUCUUAUAUUUUCAAAUAUAUUAUCAUUGGUGAUAUGGGUGUAGGAAAGUCGUGCCUUUUACACCAAUUUACCGAAAAGAAGUUCAUGGCUGAUUGUCCCCACACAAUAGGUGUAGAAUUUGGUACUCGUAUCAUUGAAGUAUCGGGACAAAAAAUUAAGCUUCAAAUUUGGGAUACUGCUGGUCAAGAGCGUUUUAGGGCUGUGACAAGAUCGUAUUAUAGAGGUGCUGCAGGUGCAUUGAUGGUAUAUGACAUUACUAGAAGAUCUACUUACAAUCAUUUAAGUAGUUGGUUAACUGAUACAAGGAAUUUAACAAAUCCUAGUACCGUAAUAUUUCUCAUAGGAAAUAAGUGUGAUUUAGAAGGCCAAAGGGACGUAACUUAUGAGGAAGCUAGCAAAUUUGCAGAAGAAAAUGGUCUAAUGUUUGUAGAAGCUAGUGCAAAAACUGGUGAUAAUGUAGAAGAAGCAUUCCUCGAAACCGCAAAGAAAAUAUAUCAAAGUAUCCAAGAUGGUCGAUUGGAUCUGAACGCAGCCGAAUCUGGUGUCCAACAUAAACCAUCACAACCAGGUCGCAACAUGUCCAACGACCAACAGGCGAAUAAAGACAAUUGCGCCUGCUAGUUUUAUUCAAAAAUUUUAACACACAUAGAAUCUCCGAUUCUGAAUUUUUUUUACUACUGGUAUGUUAGGUUAUGUUUACCUACGUUUCAUAAUAACUACACAAAUUACAAAAAGACCAAAACAAUUUUAAUACUAUCUGUUUCUGAUGCUUAUGUAUAAUGAUCCUUUUGUAUAUUUCAGUUUUUGGUUUUGAUCUGUGCAAUUGUUAUAUUCUCUUAGUUAUUGUCUUUUUUUAUCACCAGCGGGCAUUUUUCUGUGUUAUAACACAAAACUCAGAGAUAGCACAGUAAAAAUGAACUUAGAAAAUCAAUUUACUCAAACUCAACUAUCCACUGAUGUGAGUUUUUAUGUCAAAAGCAGUAUUUACUUAAAAAAAGUUUUAUACACUUUUUUAUAUACAAAAAUCCAUUCCAUUAUCGAGAUUAGCGCCUCUAGAAGCUCUUUCAGGAUUUGUUUAUUACUCUUAUCAUGAAACGUGGACAUAUCCUAGUAAUUUGUUUAAAUAAUUUAUGUUUGAUCGUAGAUUAAAGAUUGCGUUUAUAUACACUGUUAAUGGGAUAAAAAGAAAUUCAUAGAUUCUUUAGUAUCUGUGAUGAAAAUAUUUGUUUUGAGUGACAAAACAGUUGGUUAUUUAUCGGUACUCUUUUGGGGUAUCCUGGUCUAUUUGAUUACACAGUUAUCUAUUCUUUUAAAACGAUUAUAUAUAAAACAGCUCAAGGCCUAAUAGGCGCAAGGCUUGGUGUCGCUCUACUGCUUUCCUCUAUUUAUUUUUGUUCAUGUCUGCUCCAUGCCAUGCUUCUAUCCAUUUUUUUCAUGAACUCUCUCUUUUCCCUUCCUCUCCCCUACGAAGUAUUUUUGCUCUGACCACAUAUCCCAUUUCAUCUUGACCAUACAGUGUUUUGAUCUCUGCGUUCGCUCUUCUUAGUACUUUUCUCUCCCAUAUGUUUAUUUUGUUUUCUUCUUUAUUGUUCAUGGUCCAACACUCGCUGCCAUACAGCACCGUUGAUUGUAUAACUGUCUUAAAACUUGGCGGUUCUUAAAAUAUCUUUUGAUAUUAAAAGUCCUCCUAGGGCUCCAAACGUUUUGUUCCCUCGCGUUAAUCUUUUGUCGAUUUUCCUGAUUUCAUCUCCUCUGUUUGUCGGUCACUCCCAAGUAUUCAAACACCUGGACUUUAUCAAGUUUUGCUAUUUCGUCACUUUUAAUUGGUGGAAUUUAUCCUAUUGAUAAAAACUUCAAAGAAAGGCAUACUAAUAAUACUAAUAAUUAACAUUUAGCAACAUCGCUUUUAUAUGCUGCAUACCAAAUUGGAGAAAUGUUUAGAUGAAUUGAAUUUAUAACUCAUUCGGGAUGCUUAAAGAUGGUCAAUAUUCCGGGUCCAAUCGACGUUAAAACAAAUAUACGUUGGCAGGUGUGUAUUUAAGCGGAGUCUUUAAUCUAUGACUGAAUUGAAAAAAUAUUUUUUAAAAACUGUAGUUAAUUUUUGUUAUAAGCAAUCAUAUUAAUUUUCUAUGUAAGGCACUAGAUUACAAUUUUCUUUAGUUCCAUGUUUUUCUAUGAUGUAUAGUUUUUAUUUUUAAAGGUAUAUUAAAGCGUUGUUUUUAGGCUGUAUCAUAUCUUGACAUUGUUUAAAUUAAUCUCAACAGAAGCUAUCAAAUUACAGCAUUUUUUUUCGUCAAUAAUUAUAUCUAUAUUUUUAUAAUCAAUUAUGUAUUUAAUUUUGCCAUAGUUAUUUUUCAUAUAUUAACAGGCCUUAUUUGAUGUAGAACUAAGAGCUUUAAGAGAGAUUAACUUGCGAAAAGCUCAUGAUCCGUUUUAUUGAAAGUGGUAAAGAAAAAUCACAAUUUUUCCCAAAUUGCAAUAGGAUAUUGAUAUUAGUGAUUCCAUUUUUAUUUGCACUUUUUUAGAGUACCAGAAAACGCUUUUUUGUUCAUCUUACCACUAAAUAUUUUACAUCAGGCUUCUAUAUUUGAUAAAAAUACAAAUUUGUUAUCGAUGCAUUGUUUUAGUGAUGUAUGUUUGUAUGUGAUGUAUUUAUUAUUAAUACCAUAUAUAAAAAUUAUAAUAUAGACAUUAAGUUAUGA